CCACGCUAAGAUCGCAUGAAAACUCAAAAAAUUUCACAGUAAAUUGGACAUCGCAGCAUCUAGAAGACAAGUCCGCAAUCGAAAUUUUCUACAUUCAUGAUUCCACCCAUACCCAUCUAACUAACUUGCUUUCCCUCUCUGUUUUUUGUCCUUUUGAAUUGGAAUUGAAAAUGGACAUUUAACUUACUAUCUCUUUCUCAUCAUCCUCUCCGUCACCUUCUCUUGUAAUCAAUUCUCCCAUUUUCUUUUCACUUUCCUUUCGUUUCCUCGUUUUCAUCGCUUUGCGCCUAUUUACAGAAUGGCCAAUGCGGUGUUUCACCAGGCAAUUUGGAUUCUUCCAUCCCAUCAUCUCCAGAAUUCUGGAAUCCAUCAAGAGUUUGGAAAUGUUUCAGUGAAAUCGAUUUCAAAAGGUUUUAAGUUUGAUCUCGGAUUGUCAAUGUCAAGAAAUGGAGGUUAUAGCUCUAGUAAGGGGAAUUCUUUUGCUGUUGAAGCCUCAACUUCUCAAAAUUCAGUGGUUGAUCCAAUUUCAGCCCCCUCAAAUACCAGCAGCAAUGAAUUUCAAAAGAAAUCAAGCGAGGCGGCUCUGAUACUCAUCAGGCAUGGUGAGUCGUUAUGGAAUGAAAAGAACCUGUUCACAGGUUGUGUUGAUGUGCCAUUAACAAAGAAGGGUGUGGAAGAGGCAAUCGAAGCUGGUAAGCGAAUCAGCAACAUACCUGUGGACAUAAUAUAUACAUCAUCCUUGAUUAGAGCAAAGAUGACUGCCAUGCUUGCCAUGACACAGCACCGUCGUAGAAAGGUGCCGAUCAUCAUGCACAAUGAGAGUGAACAGGCAAGGGCAUGGAGUCAAAUAUUUAGCGAGGACACAAUGAGGCAAUGCAUUCCAGUUAUAACAGCUUGGCAAUUAAAUGAAAGAAUGUAUGGGGAAUUACAAGGUCUGAAUAAGCAGGAAACAGCAGAUAGAUUUGGCAAGGAAAAAGUUCACGAGUGGAGGCGAAGUUAUGACAUACCUCCACCAAAUGGGGAGAGUUUGGAAAUGUGUGCUGAAAGAGCUGUUGCUUAUUUUAAAGAUCAGAUUGAAACCCAGCUUCGUUCUGGGAAGCACGUAAUGAUUGCUGCCCAUGGGAAUUCGUUGAGGUCCAUAAUUAUGUAUCUAGACAAAUUAACUUCUCAGGAGGUUAUAAGUUUAGAACUAUCAACUGGAAUACCUAUGCUUUACAUAUUCAAAGAGGGGAGGUUCAGUAGAAGGGGAAGCCCUGCAGGACCAACUGAAGCUGGAGUCUAUGCAUAUACUAGGAGAUUAGCUCAAUACAGGCAGAAGUUAGAUGAGAUGUUGCAUUAACAUAUCCAAAAAUUGCGGCCACUUGGCAUUGUAGUUGGUGUCAUCAACGUAAGCAAGAAAAUGAGGCAAUUGCUACAGCACUUGUCACUCGAGUAUGCUUGUUUUCGGUCCUUGCCCUGUGUUCUGUACUUCUAUUCAGGGAAUAUAUAUGUGCCUGGGAGUUCCUUGGAUGUUCAAAUCGUAUAUUAGAUGGACUAGAAUAAAAAAGGAGCAUCUCUGGUAUAAGAUGUAGACCAUUUUAAUCAUUACAAAUUUAGUAGUGAUGAAGAGUAGCUUCUCAUUUUUAUUCACGUUAAAACAUUUUGCAAUGCACUUCAGCUAACGUAUUCAAGAAGCUGGUUUUCCUCAAACAUCUCUCAUUGAGGCGUUAGGGGAUGUUAGCAUCCAUGGAGAAAACAUUCUCCCCAUUGUACCAUAGCAAUGACAAUGGCAAGAUUUAAAUCACAGAUGAAAGACUGAAGACCUCGAGAGAGAAGGUGAACAUGCUUGUUUCAGAGUUCAGAGUACAUGAAUAUAUCCCCAACUACAAGCAGGCGAUAAAUCUAGUUUUCAUACAAUUGUUUGUGCAGUAUAAAUAAAAUCUCUUCAAAUGUCCUUUUUCUCUUCA